AUGACCCUUUUCAAGCUAGUGCUCCGGCUAGUGUUGCGCUACGUACCGACACCGUCGGUGGCGGUAGUGAUCGUGCUGUUGCUGCUGUUAUCACCACGCAUCCGGCACAAGGUAGGCGCCGUCCAUCAACCAUCACCACCGGAGGAUACGGGAGGCGGUGACGAUGGCAGUGGCAGCGACGCCAGCUGGCUACUGCACUGCGACCAGGCUGACACCGUGGAGCCGGAAGCAGCGGAGCGGACCUGGGAACCGCCUAACACCCCGCCCGACUGCCGGAUACCGAUCACCGUGAACUACCGCUCGCUGGACACCGAGUUUAGCGUCGAGCUGAACUGCACCCAGCCACCGUCCAGCUCCGAGUACUCGCGCAAAAUGUUCCGCAAGGUGCAGUCGUACCGGAUGGGUGGCAGAUCGGCGCACGGUGCCGGCCUGGGGCUCAGCUACCUACACUACCCCGAGAACGUCCGGUUGCUCGCCCUCGACGGUUACUGUCUCGCCACGGUUCCGCCCAGCACCUUCACCCACUUCCACCGUCUGGACCGGCUCGAGCUGGUCAACGGGUCGAUCCGGCUUCUCACCCCCGGCAGCUUCCAGGGGCUGGCCACCCUCAAGGAGCUACGGUUCAUCCGGUGCCAGUUCGAGCGGAUGGACGCCGGUGUGUUGCGUGAGCUCACCCAGCUCGAACAGCUCAUCGUCGACGGGUCCGGUACGCUUAACUUUACGAUCGGCCCGCUCGAAGCGCUCGAAACGUUUAAACUCGUCGACAGCCGGGUCACCAACCUGACGGCGCUCGUCGAGCACCUACCGGCCGCGCUCCAGCGGCUCCAGUUUGUGUACGUGCGCACUGGCGGUGGUGCGCCGACCGCGUCGACGAUCGUUAUCGAUGGUAGUAGCGCCGGCACCGGCACCGGCACCGGCACCGGCGUCCCCAGUGGUCUCGUGAAGGCUGCACUAGUCAACUGCACACUACGGUACGCCUCCGUCCGGAACCUGCCAGCCCUCAUCACCCUUAACCUGUCGCAGAACGCACUGGACGAGCGGACGCUCGUGCUGAGCCACUUGCCCUCGCUCCAGCUGCUGGUGCUGAGCGAGAACGCGUUGGGCGAGAUACCGGCCGGGCUGUUCGCGGUCGGCAGCACCACCCUGGCGACGGUCGAUCUGUCCGCGAACCGGAUCACCUACAUCCACCCCGGUGCGUUCGGUGACGUCGGUUCGUCGAUCGUGCGGCUCGACAUCCGGGACAACCGGUUGCUGAGCCUGGACUACGAUAUCGGUGAUUGGCCGCGGCUGGUUGCGAUCCGUGCCGACCGGAACCCGUGGGACUGCGUGUGGCUCCGGGACAGUGGUCUGUUCGAGCGGUUCGAGUACACGCACGCCCGGGACGAUCGGUUGCUGAGUGUGUCCGGGUUGCCCUGCAAUCUACCGACGCUGCUGGUGAUCGAACCGGCGCCAGCGGCCUCAACGCUGUCAUCUCCUGCGGACGACGACCAUCCGGAGCAGAAUGGGACGGCCGCCGAGCCGGUCGACGAGGACGACCAUGGUGACCACGAUGCGAUCGUUGUGGUGCACGCGCGACCCAAGGUGACGGUCACGGUACCGGUCGAACCGCCAGUACGCGCCCUCACCAUCAUCGUCCUGGUGAUUGUCGGGUUUCUCGUGUCGAACGUUUGCCUGCUGGUGUACAAUCGUUACCGGCGUGCCCAGCAUGUUCCCUUCUACCGGACAACCGCUGCUCCUGCCACCGCGGGUAAUAAGGCACCACGGCUGCAAAGUGGUCGCUGCCGGGGGGCUUGCGUAGCCUGCUGCGUUGCCUACUGGUGCUGUUUGGGGGCGCAGGGUAUCCAUGGGGACGGGGACGAUGAGCUGGACGAGGCCAUGACGGAGAAGAGCACCUCGUUCCUGUACGAGCUACCGAUCGAGUGCCAACCGAGCUGCUCGUACGCACCCGCCCACACCACCAACAUCUACGAGGAGAUCGUCGAGGUGGAACCGACACCCGGUACCCAACCGCCCGGGUACGAUGUGCUGCAGUUCGAGGUGCACCAGGUGCGGUACACCGUGCCCGACCACGAACCGAACGCCACCGUGUACGUCUAGGCCACGGAGGGGGGGCGCUGGGUUGGAAGGUCACUUAUUUUCUGUGUGCCCAUGUGUGUGUCCAUGUCUACAUUUGUGUGUAUCAUUUGUAAGGCAAAUGAAUAUCCCUUAUUUAUCCACAACUGGCCGAUGAUCCCUAUAGGGUGUACCACAAAAAAAAAAACAGUGAGAAAAUCCUUUAACGCAAUUUUAAAGUCACUUUUUUGUUGGUUUACUACUGUUUUAAAGUAUUCUAAAUUGGCCCUUAUGGUUCAUUGUUCAUCAACAAACAAACAAAAAUUGGUGGAUUGUUGUCGGCCUGCUUUGUCAAUUAAUUUCUCCUAGUGGUUACGAAUUCGUGAACAGCCCUCGGUAACAUACAACUUCGGCAUCUUACAGGAUUACUGACAUGAAGUGUUAUCGAUUCAAAACACAAUAACUUUUUAGUUUGAAAUGAUUGCGUAUUGAUUUCAAAGACAAAAUUGUUUUAGAAUAAUUAAAUUUGCAGCAACUAUUCGCUUUAGCACGAUGUGGCCACAUUUGGCUCGACUAUAGUCUUCUAACGGCCCCGACAAAAAAAAUUGAUGCUGCACGAAUGUGAUCUUUCGGUUUUUUGGCUCGUUCUCAUACAAUCGAUUACAUUAGCGCAUCCAUACUGGGCCUUAUUUUUUAGUCCUCACCUUGCUCUCUAACUUGGACCAGACGGAAUGGUUCAUCGGAUUUGCGUCAGGUUUGAUGAUUUUUUUUUAACCAUUCUUCUUUCGCACGAGCUUUAUGAGACGAUUCCGAGUCUUGUAGGAACGUCCAUGGUCUGCGACCGAAAUGAUUACGUGCCCACGGCUCUAAAGCACCUUCUGAGACAUAUUAUCGAUAGCGUGUCGCUUUUAAUUUGACUGCAGGAUCGGUGAAAACAGUUUGAAGAGCGCCCAUCAGCGGUCACAGCCAAUAAUUGCGAUGGGAAAUUGCUACGAGUACUGGCCGUACUUAGGCUCAAAUUCAAGUAUGAAUCAUCGGUCAAGUAAACACGAUCGUUAUUAGACUGAUUGGACUGAUUAAUUUGAAUAAUUUUCUCAUCGGAGAACACAAUGUUUGGAAAAUUCGCCACGUGUCGUGCAAGCGCAACAACUCCUCCUUUGCUCGUUCGCACCGAACUUUGUUAUGCUGCGGUUUAACAUGGUGUGCUUUUUGGAAGUUGUAAGGCUCAUCCUUGAGUUCAUUUUUCAUUAUGCGUUGCAUAGGAUCGAGCGAAAUUUUCAUAUCUUUUGCGAGGCCUUUUUAUGGACGUUGAAUUCUGGUCUUCACUUUGCGAAUCAUUUCUGGCGAUGUUGCGGUUUGUUUUGGUCCACUGCCAUAGCGCUUUGUAAUGCUAUCAGGUACCAUUGUAUCGAUUUAUGGAGCUUAAUUUGAUAAACGAUUGCAAGCGAGCCAGCCAGUAUGGUGUAACUAUUCACAGGAUUUAGGCCGAACAAACGCGCAUAUUGAAUAUCCCAACUGGUUUAAGGGGGGACUUCGGUAGUUAUUUUUUGUGUCACAUAUUUUCAACAUUUUUCCCUGAAUGCAGACCUUUUCAAGAGUAUUUUUUAAAAGUUUUGGGUCAAUCGAAGAAAAAUUGACAAAGUUAUAGACUUUUGAAAAUCCGAUUUUCAUUCAAGGCUCCAUGCAGCGUGCUACUUUGAAGAGCGUUUCUCCAGAACCAACGUUUUCAAAGUCGUUGCCCAUCGUACCGUAAAAACUACUGGACAGAUUGACUUAAAAUUUUUAACACAUCAUCUGUACACUUUUUGCCAGGUAGCCCCGUUGAGAUUUCAUAAAAAUUGUCGAUACUUUUUUUGAAACAAAUCUGUAAAGUUCGUUCAGAAUCGCAAAAAGCAUCACUUCUUCAACUUCAAUAAUCUGCCAAAAAUCGAAAAAUAGGAAUAUCAACAAAAACUUAACAGGACUACCUAGAUAAACUUAUAAUCUUUCUAACGAAUAUCGUUUUAUAUAUUUCAAAUGACUCAUCAUGUCGCUACGAUGGGCACCGUAAAAAGUACCUUUUCGACGACGCGCCUACCAAAAUGUGCUGCCAUGGAUUCAUUGCUCAAUGAAUGAUGCUCAAAACAAUACCAAAUAUUCUUCAAAAAAUGUAGAUUAAUAUGCUAUUUACCUAAAAGAUUGAAGUUGAAUGGUAACGUCACAAAAAAUCGUCAAAAACGGGCCUUUUUUUGGCCCGAAAAUACCGAAGUCCCCCCUUAAUUCAGGACCGCUUGGCGGGCAUAAAUCUUUCGACCAAAAAUGCAUCUUCUCCUUCAACCAUGUUUGAGAGUCCGUUUAGACGUAUGGCAGGGGCCUCCAUCGUGCUGAAACUCUACAUUUUGAGGUGUACUGAAAGUUGCUUCAAUCCUUGAUAAAACGUGUUCCUUAAAAACAUUGAUACUCACAUCAAUAUUCAUCAAUAUACAUUCUAAUAUGGAAUUUUACAAACAUACGGCCUCUUUGUACGGAAUUUUAUGUCCUUUGAAGCAUCUCCUUAAUCUUUAGGGUCAAUACGAACCUAUUCGUGCGGGAAUUCGUUGCUGCAUCAAUCGUGAAAAGAUUCUCAUCAGAGAACACGACAACCCUGUUUCUUCGUCUUCAAAGCUGACAACAAAUCCAUCGAUAGUUCAUAUGAAAGAUGUUUUAUCGUUCUAACUAUUAAAUUAUGCUUCACCCUAGGCUCUAGAGGUUGCUUUUAGGCCAUAUUUGACCAACCGAUGCCAUACUGGUGUUAGAAAAAGGUCCAAAACAUAGCAAUGAAAACCUUCUCAUUUUUUAUGGUACACCCUGUAUAAAUGGUCUAUCGCAAAGUAAACAAGCCUUCUGGCGUCUGGCGGCACCACAUUAAUGUUGAAAAGUACAUCCUUUAACGACUUUCAGUCCAAAUUUCAUAUCAUUUGGUCCACUGGAAGCAAAGUUACUGAAUUAAAGUGACAGUAUUGUUUUGGACGUCGGUAUAAAAAUGAAAAUUCAACUAAAUUUGCCUUGGAGAAUCGAAAAAAAUGCGGUAUUUUCUCAAAAUUGACUAAAACAAACUGGCAAAACAGUUACUGCCGUAUAUUACCAUUAUGGUUUGAGGCGUUUACGAUGCAUUGUAGUUGUUGAAUUCGGCUAAACGAUCGUGAAGAAAGGAAUUGAAUUGCAUAUGGCACGAUAAUGCGCCGUCUUAUCGGGUUCACGCUUAUCACUGUUUUUUUUGCAUUUUCUUCGAUAAAUCAUUUCCCGUAAUCACCUGAUCUGGUACCAAUUGACUCUUACCGAUUCGGCAAACUUUAUGCAAGAAAAACUUUACGCUGACAUUUUGGCCAUCACCGGCCUGUACCGACCACCCAAAACAUACUGUCACUUUAUGCGCUAUAGCUUUGUUUUUAGUGAACCAAAUGACAUGAAAAUUUGAGUGAAAGCCGUCAAAGGAUGUACCUUUUAAACAAAAAUAACCACAUUAAUAUGGUGCCACCAGAAAUUGUGCUAUUGAAAAAAGUCCUGUUUACUUUGCGACCCCCCAAAAACGGUCUACAACAACCUCCACCCUAUUAUACUGAGGUGGGGUGACCAUUAAUCCUGGAGCUCCUAGCUUAGAGCUUCGGCUCCAGCGAUACUAUUGCGUGUGUGUUUGUUUGUGUUUUGGUGUGUACUAUUUGUUCCUUUUGAACAUACACAAAAAAAAGAAGAAGCAAAAACAGAAUGCAGGCAGCAUUCUGCCUCCCCCACGGGCCAAGGACGAGGACGGGCGAAUAUGUUCACCGUUUGGGAAUCGCUUAUCACCGGUUGGAUGGCCUUGGAUCGCUGGGAUGGAUUCUCGCAAUGGUGCUCGCAGUGGAAGCAGAACAGCAGCACAUGCAGCAGAUGCUACUGGACUCAGAAAAGCGUUGCCGAGACAUCGAGAUCAACCACAUCAAUCGAUCCGAUCGACUGUCAACCUGUGCAUUCAACCGGAAUCUCUCCCAUCCUCAAUCAACCGAACGUCAACCGUCAGCCGGCUGGCUGGCCAUUGUCGGUGUGUCGUGCUAUGUGGGGCAGAGGGUGUACAACGUGUCGUUCAAACGUGUUCCAAUAAAAUGCUGAAUGCUUCCGUUAA